CAGGCAGCCUGACGUUCUUCGAUUGUUGGCGGGAUGUUUUUCAAUCGUCGUUUCUUUGGACGCUCAAGAGCAAAUCGUCGCCGGCAACCUCCAACUUGCAGCAAUCCUGUCACCACGGCGGCACCGUACAAUACCUCCCAGUCCUUUAUUCUUGCAACCUCUCUGGAGCUUCAUAUACCCCGUGCGCAUCGCAGCUCCUCGCCUUUACAACAACAUAUCCUGAAAGCUUCCAUCGCGUCGCAAGACCGAUAAGUCGGACAACACUCCUGUCGAAUAGGAGGGGCUGAUCCAUCCACUUUGCGACCUGCGAUACCCCAGCGAUAGCUUCCACUUGCAACACCGCAUCGCAACACUUGCCAUCACAACACUUGUAUUCGAGCUAAAUCACAUCAUACACAAUCCGAAGCUGCCCAACAUGGCUUCCAACGGCGCCACAGACGGCUUCACCACCCCAAAUGUCCUGCAGGCCAUGCUGACGAUGCGGAGUGGUGACUCCGGUUCCAAGAAGGCCGCCAUGGACUACCUGCAAAAGUUUCAGAAGUCGAACGAGGCCUGGACUACCACAAUAUCGAUCUUGCAGGGCUCUCCCGAAGCCGAGGCGCAACUCUUCGCAGCAACGACACUGAAGGGCAAGAUUACCUACGACCUCGCAACGCAAAUUCCCGAAAGUGAACAUGCUGCUCUUCGCAACCAGAUCCUAGUCCUCCUCAAGAAGUUCGCCAGUGGCCCCAAGCCCGUCCGAGUCCAACUAUGCGUGUGUCUGGCCAUCCUAGCCAUCCAGAUGCAGUCCUGGAAGGAUGUAUUGCAGACCGUCGUCAGCGCCCUCGGAGAUGAUGUAUCCAGCCACGCCUGCAUCUUGGACUUCCUACGAGUACUUCCCGAAGAGGUCACGGAAGGCCGCAAAAUCACCUUGUCUGAAGAAGAGCUCAUCCAAAGAACAUCAGAACUGCUUGCCGACAACGCGAAUGAGGUUGUCGGACUCCUCAUCAACUAUGCUCAGUCUUCCCCUGCUGCUGCCACAAACCCCCAACUGUUCGAGUGCAUUACCUCAUGGCUUCGCGAGGUUCCGGUUACCGUGGUGGUGAACUCGCCUCUUCUCGACGCUGUUAUCAAUGGGCUUUCCGACGACAGGUCCUUGCAGGCGGCUGCCGAAUGCCUUGGCAUCAUUUGCAGAGAAACCAGAGACGUGGACGAUAACCUCGAAACUAUUCAGGCGCUCCUCCCCAAGGUCCUUCAGCUAAGGCCGCGCAUCCAAGCGCUGGCCGAUGAGGAGGAUAUCGAAGGGUUCAAGGCCAUCACCCGAGUGUUCGCUGAUGCCGGUGACUCCUGGGUCUUGCUUUGUGCGCGCGAGCCGCAACAUUUCCGCCCGUUGGUCGAUGCUCUGCUGGAGUGCUGUGCUAGGGAUAAGGAAAGAGAUGCCAUUCAUUACACAUUCAACUUUUGGUAUGAGUUGAAGCAAUACCUCACCUUGGAGCACUACAUCGCGGCCAGGGUACAACUCUUGGAUGUCUACUCUAAGCUCGUCGACGUUCUUCUCAAGCAGCUCGAGUACCCCGAAUCCGACGACCCCAACGAGUUUGAUCUUUUCGACGGAGAUCGCGAACAGGAAGAAAAGUUCCGCGAGUUCCGUCAUCAUAUGGGCGACACCAUGAAAGAUGCCUGCCAGGUGAUGGGUACUACGGAAUGUCUUACAAAGGUUCACGAGGCUAUUAAGAUUUGGAGGGAGAAGUUUGGCGGCCAGGCGACAGAGUCAGCAGUGCCGCAUUGGCAGUCGCUUGAGGCGCCGCUCUUUGCCCUGCGAGCUCUGGGUCGCCUGGUGGACAAGGAAGAAAACAUUGUCCUGCCGGAGAUCAUGCCUCUGUUGGUCCAAAUUCCCAUCAACAACGAGAAGUUGCGGUUCGCAGCCAUCAUGGUGUUUGGUCGUUAUACAGAAUGGACGUCGGCCCACCCCGACUACCUUCAACCCCAGCUCUCCUACGUUUUGGCGUCUUUCCAGACUUCCUCUCAGGAGAUUCUGCGCGCUGCUGCCCAGUCGUUCAAGUACUUCUGCGUCGACUGCAAGCAUCUGUUGGGUCCCCAGGCCAUCGAGCUGCAAGGCUUCUACAACUCCAUCCUCGAUACGCUCAGCGACCAUAGCAAGGAAGAUCUGACCGAGGGUGUAGCGACUGUCAUUAGUGUGCAAAAGACUGAGGAUAUAUAUAGCCUUCUCAAGCUUUAUUGCGAUCCUCUAGUCCAGCGCUUAAUGACCAAGGCCAAUAACGCUACCGAUGAUACCUCUAAAUUGGAGCUUGCUGAUCACAUCAACCUCCUUACCCAAUAUGUCCAGAACGUCGUGCCAUACUGGCCUAGUAACUCGGAUAACCCGGCUGUUCGGUACUGGCAAGAAGUGUUCCCUAUCCUCGCCACCAUCCUGGACAACUUUAUCGACUUCGUCCCGAUUUGCGAGCGGAUUUGCAGAUGCUGGCGUUUCAUGGUCAUCUCUUACAGGACAGCCAUUACGCCUUUACUCGGGCCAUUGGCCAACAAGCUGGCAGAGGGCUUUGCGAAGUCUAAGCAGGGUUGUUUCUUGUGGGCGUCGAGCGCUAUUCUGCGCGAGUUCUCAGAAGACCGAGAACACGUCGAAGAUGGCAUCGUGGAUAGCAUUUAUGGCUUCUUCGAGGCGCAAGCGACCAAUGUCCUCCGCAUGAUGAGUGACAUUGCUCCCAUCGAUCUGCCCGACGUGAUUGAAGACUUUUACCGUCUUCUCAUCGAUGCCCUUCUUUAUUACCCUCAGAGAUUGAUUCCGUCUCCCCUCUUCACCCCCAUCUUCCAAGCUGCCAUCUCGGCCUUGUCUCUGGAGAAGCAGGAGCCCGUUUCGGCUGCGCUUCACUAUAUCCGCGACCUUCUCACCUACGGCGGUGACAACCCCGCCUCAUCGAGUCAGCAGUUCGGUGCAGUCGGCGCACAGCUUCGUGAGCACGUCAGGCAGCUCCUGCUCAGCCAGGGUGAGGCGCUCAUCAAGCAGACCUUGGCGGGCAUGAUGAUCACAUUCCCUCGCGACUGCUUUAGUGACGGUAGUGGUGUUCUGCUGGGCAUGUUCGAGCUUCUCCCCGCUGAGACGUCCGCCUGGGUUGACCGCACAAUCAGGAUGUUGCCAGCCGGUACUAUCACGGAUGCUGAAGCCAACAAGCUCAUGGCCAAGAUCAACGAGAAGCUGCAGGGAGGCGAUCGUUCGAACUUGAGACAUGUCAGGACUCUACUGCAAGACUUCACAAACACGUACCGCCGGAGGUAUAUCGCGCCCAGAGAUGGACUCGGAAUGUUGACGGCAGCAAGAUUUCACUUUGAGGGUUAAGCUGCUGGACUAUGGCGUUGUUCGGAUUAUGGAGAUUUGGGGGUUGGAUGUAGGACAUCGAAUAAUUGCUCGCUUGGGGGAGCAGAGAGGAGGUGGAAAGAGGUAAAAUAUUCGGAUUUUGAGAUACCGGACGAUGAAAUGGUACGCUGGAUGUGAAGGAUAUGUGGGAUUUUCGACCAGGAAUGGUUUACGACAAAAUAAUUAAAUGGAAUGAAGGUUCGACACGAUGAAUGGAUUUGAUGGUUUCAGAUACAAAAUGUCGCCAUGGACGAUGAAUCACAACCCACAACGAGACGACGACUAUGAUAAGAUGAAAGAUGGAUAAGAUGAUAACCGCCCCACGGAAUCAAGUUACUCCAACUUGAAUUAGCGAAAAAAAGAUGGGAUCAGAUUUGGCGACAACAGUGACACCAGCGCAAUUUCAACACGUUCAGCCGCAGAAUAAUUUGGGAAGACAUCACAAUUUAGACACUGGGUGAGUUGCUGACAAUGGUAUGUAUGAUACGGGAAAUAGUCGACAGGCAGUUCGGGUUGCGUGCUACAUAGGAAGCAGGCGCGACGAGGUUAGAUUUCCGAUUAGAGGGCAUGCGCAUGUCCAACCAGCGAUGAAAUCGGAUCGGAGGCAGGGCAUCAAAAGGGAUAAUGUGGCUGGUAUUUAAGAAGAGGGGGAUGUCGGUGCUUCAAUUCCUGGUGCAGUAAGAUGUAGUUACUUCUAUUAACCAUCAUGUCUAGCUGUUAUAUAGUAAAUAUGUGUUCAAUGUGAAUCACCAAUUGACCAA